AUGGUGCACGGUGUUGGUCCCCUAGUUGAUGCUGGACGUCUGUCUUCCGCAGCAGCAGCAGCAGCAGCAACAGCAGCAGCAGCAGCAGCAGCAGCAACAGAAACAGCAGCAGCAACAAGGUCGCUAGACCCACCGACUGUCUGCGCCAGCAGCCUCACUGAGUGCAGCAUCAACUGCAGCAGCAGCAACAAAAGCAGCAGCAGCAGCAACAGCAGCAACAGCAGCAACAACAGCAGCAGCAGCAGCAGCAGCAGCAGCAGCAGCAAAGAUGGGGCUUCGUCGCUUUAUCCCGAAGGACUUUGGCAGCAUUUGUCUUCUUCUCCUCCUAUACACUCUGCAGUUGCUGCUGCUGCGGGCUAUAGUGUAUCCGUCGCUAGCAACACUACGACAGCAGCAGCAGCAGCAGCAGCAGAUGGCGCAGCAGCAGCAGCAGCAGCAGCAGAGGGUGCAACAGCAGCAGCAACAACAACACCGUCACAGCAGCAGCAGCACCAACAGCAGCAGCAGCACCACCAGCAGCAGCAGCAACAGCAGCAACAGCAGCAACACCAAGAACAGCAGCAGCACCACAACCAACAGCACUAA